AUGAAUGCUGAACUACAACAAGUUCAGAAAGUGUGGGAGCGUAUCCGCACUAACAGCCCAAUUUAUGCUUUUCUACUUCAGGACAUUGACAUCUAUGAUGCUGGAAAAGGUGUAUUCAAUGCGAGACUCCAAGUCGGCCCUCAACAUUUGAAUUCAAAGGGUACCUUACAUGGCGUAUUUUCAGCCUGUGUCACUGACUGGGCGGGUGGGUUAGCGAUUGCAUCGGCCGGUCUCGAUUCAACAGGUGUCAGCACGAAUAUUCAUGUCAACUAUCUCUCAACAGCGAAAACUGGAGACUGGCUAGUAAUUGAAGGUCGCGCCGACAAAGUCGGGCGAAACCUUGCUUUUACAACUGUGACAAUCUCAAAGCAGACUGACUCUAAUGGGAGUACAGUUGUUGCACAAGGAUCUCAUACCAAAUAUAUCAAGACACAAUGA